AUGGGUCAACCCAAGUGGCGCGCCUGUCUCAAAUCACGAUUCAGGAGAAGAAAAAGAAGCAAACACAAAGGUUUGCUUGGAAACGACACUUCCCAACCAUCAGCAUCAACUCCCGUCAAGAAAUCAAACCAGUCCUUUGGCGAAGCAGGAAAGGAAGUGGAGAGCUCACAAUCUGAUCGCCAUAGCUCCAAAGAUGAACCCGGUGAAAUCGAGUCCAAGGGACAGAGCGAUCCUAUCUUUACCCUUAUUGAUGAACAGGAAAUACCAGAUGUAGAAGACAUUUGGGAAGAGGCCUACGGUCGCAUACGCAGCAAGGGCUUGGAGAGACUUGUGAUGGAAUAUGAGAAAUUGGUCCGCUCAAAACUCCCGUCGGCUACAACGGACUCUGACGCUGGCGACGUCGACAACAAUCACAUGCCUCUAACACGUCAAAUUGCCGCUCUAGACGGGGAAAGUCGCCAGAAAUUGAUGAUGGAAUUGGUCAAGGAAAGCAGCGAUAACGCAGCAGAUAUCAAAGCAUUUGACACCUUCUCCAAAGUGUUCAACUCGACCAAAGACGGAAUCUCGAGCGUGCUUACUGUUUACCCACCUGCCUCUAUUGCCUGGACGGGGAUCAAUGCGAAUCAUAAUGGCCUCCUCUACAUCAUUGCGAAACUUCCAUGGUAUGCCCACUUGGUUGAGCUUCUGAAAUCCGAAAUCUGGCAGUCUCCCCAGCAGUUCCGGCAGUUCAAGAUCCCUCUCAGAGAGGCAAUCAUAGAGCUAUACAGGCUCAUUAUUGAAUUUCAACUCUUGACUCUGCGAGAAUGCCAUCACAAGUUCAGAACUCUCUCCAAGACUUUUGUGGGGCUGGGCUCAUCCUGGGAGGAUAGACUGAAGGAUAUCCAGGAAGCUGAAAGCGAGGUGCAAAAGUACAUGAAGAUCGAUUUUCGCACACAAGUAUUGGACGUACUCAAAAGCAUCAGAUCUACCUCAGUACAAAUGCAGGAUGGCUUGGCAUCAGAACUCAACAGACAAUUUGCAGUCAGGCAACAGUCGAAGCUUAUCGCGAAGUUUAGGCUCGACCAAGCCCAUCUCAAUAUCGAUGCGUAUCAUGCCUACUACGAGGCUAUCAGUCAUCCUUUGCCUGGGACAACCGAAGGUUUCCGUGGCCAUAGAAUCUAUCAAGAAUGGGAAUCCGGAUCGACUCAUUCUCUGCUUGUGGUGGCCAACCCCGGUACUGGAAAAUCGGUGCUGGCCAAAUCUCUCCACGAAACGUUAUCAAAGCCAGGUGGACCUGCAGUUUGUUCAUUCUUCUUCAAAGAUCGCGGUGGUCAGCAAAAUAACAUGAAUAUUGCUCUUUGUCACAUUAUGUAUCAAUUAUUUCAGAAUCGUCCGGACUGGAUUGUCCAUGUGGCAGAAGAUAUUCUCAACAAAGACCCGGGCGACAUACGAUCGAAUUUCCGUCUUCUAUGGGGGCUUCUUCAUAAAGUGCUCCUGAAGGCUGAACCGAAUAGUAUCGUUAUCCUUCUUGAUGCCUUAGAUGAGUGUGAGCCUGGUUCAAGGGAGAAAUUGUUUCAGCACUUGCAUGGUUUCAAUAUCCCCGCUAUGAAGCUCUUCUGCACUGCCCGUCCACUAAGUGACAUUAUUGACGACUUCGGCCCUGUGAUGAAUGCUAUUUUGGACCUCGAUCAGGAUAAGCAAUGUCAGGAGUUUCUUUCGAGGGAUAUCCAGUCUGUUGGGAGUCAACGUCUGGAGAAGUUCAUCCAGAAACGGAAGAUCGGAGAUGAGUCCGUUUGUCUUCAACUUCGAGAAAGGCUCAGAAAACGCAUUGAAGGGGAUCAAACGUAUCUAUUCGUCAACUUGCUUUUUGAUGUUCUGGAUAAGAAGAAGCUGGGCAUGACAAGCUCGGUGAGGGCUUGGAUCAAAGAUUUCGAGAAUAUCCCAGAAUCGGUUUAUGCUGCCUACACUGAGCUACUGAACGCGAUAGAUGAAGAAGAUCGUGACGCAGUGAGAGCUAUGCUUGCGAUUGUCCUGGCCGCGCAGAGGCCUUUAACUGUCGAGGAAAUGGAAAUAGCCUUAAAGGUUGGUAUGGAUGACGAGGCUUUUGAGAGUGGAGAUGAGUUCAACCCACUUUUAUUCAAAGCAGACAUUUUGGAGCGAUGUCACUUCUUACUGGUGACAUAUAAUGACCGUAUCUACUUCAUUCAUCAAACCGUUAAGGACUAUCUUCUACCAGAACAGGAGGGCCAAGAGAGCCCGAAGCAGGAUAAAAGACCCGCCUGGCUACAAUCGAUCAGCACUGUGUCCUGCCAUGAGACGAUACUCAACAGUUGCAUGCGUUAUAUCUCCGCCCCAUUUAAUCAGCGACCGGAGAUAAAGUCUGUUGGGGAUUUCUUCCACCUUCCUCUCUAUGACCAGCUCGAGCAUCAACAAUGGUAUUGGGACACAUUUCCGCUUGGGGAAUAUGCGUUUUGUCAGUGGCUUUUUCAUCUGCACGAAAUGAAUACCAAAGAGGAAAGAAAUCCUGAAACCCUUAUCGAAGUGUUCCAAAGGCUUCAAGAAAAAUAUUAUGGCCUAUCCUUUGAUGUCGCAUUGUCCAUGCUCUGUUGCUCUGGCUUUCCGUCUGAGGCAGAGGCGAGGCUUUUCCGGAGCAUGGUGCAGUUAGGAAGUAGGGACAUGACAGACGCUCUCAACAACAUGUGCCAAGGCCUAGUCUUGAGAUUCAUUAAAUUCGGUUCACAUGCCGACCUUACUUGCGCAACAGAAAUUGCCUCUGACGUGAUCGAGCAGACGCCAGAAACAGACCCUAGGCUUGGUAGGAUGCUUGUUAACCUAAGCCGGGCACUCGGCUUCUAUCACUACAGUGAGCCUUUCGAAAGUGAGCUCUGGGAUACUUGGUCGGAAGUUGUCGAAAGAGCGAUGCAGGUGACACCAUGCGGUAGCAUUGACCGAGCUAGGGCAUUGCAUGAGCGCGCUGGCUUUGCUAACCUUGACGACACCAAUCAGGCAGUUGAAGAUACCGAGAACGCCCUGGCUCACACCCCCGAUCUGAGCCAGGCAGACAAACAGCUAUUCUGUCAUUCUUUGGCAAUCUGGUUUGGGUACCGAUUCGAAAGGGCGAAGCAGCCCCAAGAAGAUGAUUUACGCAGGGCUGUGGAAUGUGCACAGGAGGCCAUACAUGGCAUGUCAAAGAAGAAUCCAAGAUAUUCCAAUGCCCUUCACACAUUGUCUUACUGGUUGAUGACAGCUGCUUUGAAGUAUCCCGACGAGCCAGGCUAUUUACAUCAGGCAAUUGAGGUGGCUCAAGAGGCAAAGGAACUCCGACUACCAACAGAAUACCGGGGUAAUAUAUGUCUCCGUGAGCUAUCUAAAUGUUUACUCGUUCGCUAUGAGCGUGAAUCCAAGUUAAAAGAUCUCGAAGAUGCUCGUGAGCUCAUAGAGGAGGGCUUGCGAACAACUCCAGAGUCAACGACCUUGUAUCGCGAUUUCACUCGUCUCAGAUGGUCACUGGAGGAUCUUGAAGAGGAGCAAGAGAAAUGGAAUGUAUAG